UCUAUUGUGCUUCAAAUUUGGUUAAGUGUCUACUUGGAGCAUCAAAGCCAUGGCCUUCAAUAAGCGUUUUGAAAUCCUGGCCCUUUUAAUUUUGGUUGUGAAUAAUGUUGCUGCUCAGAAGAAGGAUGGGUUAGGAGCUUCUUUUAUAUUUGGAGACUCCUUGGUGGAUGCUGGAAAUAACAACUAUCUUUCAACUCUUUCUAAAGCAAAUAUUCCUCCUAAUGGAAUUGAUUUCAAGGCCUCUGGGGGGAACCCCACUGGCCGUUAUACCAAUGGUAGAACCAUCGGUGACAUUGUAGGAGAGGAAUUGGGACAACCAAAUUAUGCUGUCCCAUUUUUGGCCCCAAAUGCAACUGGGAAAGCUAUACUUUACGGAGUGAAUUAUGCUUCAGGAGGAGGAGGAAUUCUUAAUGCAACUGGAAGAAUAUUUGUGAAUAGGAUAGGGCUUGAUAUUCAAGUAGAUUACUUCAGCAUAACAAGAAAGGAGAUUGAUAAAUUGCUAGGUGAAUCAAAAGCCAAAGAGUACAUAAUGAAGAAAUCAAUUUUCUCCAUUACUAUUGGAGCCAACGAUUUCCUCAACAAUUAUCUUCUCCCAGUUCUCUCUAUUGGGGCCAGAAUUUCUCAAAGCCCAGAUGGUUUCAUAGAUGACAUGAUUACUCAUUUCAGGGCCCAACUUACUAGACUUUACGAAUUGGAUGCUCGGAAGUUUGUGAUUGGGAACGUUGGUCCAAUAGGGUGUAUUCCAUACCAGAAAACGAUAAAUCAGCUGAAUGAAGAUGAGUGCGUGGAUUUGGCAAACAAGCUUGCGCUUCAGUACAAUGCCCGAUUGAAGGAUUUGCUCGCUGAGCUCAACGAUAACCUCCCCGGAGCCACCUUUGUCCUUGCAAAUGUCUAUGAGUUAGUCAUGGAACUCAUAAAAAAUUAUGACAAAUAUGGAUUCACAACAGCAAGUAGAGCAUGUUGCGGAAACGGGGGCCAGUUUGCAGGGAUAAUCCCAUGUGGACCCACUUCAAGUAUGUGCACCGAUAGGUACAAGCAUGUCUUCUGGGAUCCCUACCAUCCAAGCGAGGCUGCAAACUUAAUCCUCGCCAAGCAGCUUCUUGAUGGAGACACCAGAUACAUUUCUCCUAUCAAUCUCAGGCAGCUCCGGGAUCUUUGAUCUUUCACUUUCUGUACCCAAUAUUUGUCUCCACUUUACAUACAAUACCAUUAUUAAACACCUAUUUUAAUUUUUCUUCACUAAACUAUCAAAAACAUUCACAAAAGAUUGAAAUGCGAACGAAAUUAAUCGUAAAUGAUGGAAACUCAUUUGGUAAUUAUGUUAAAUUUGUGUCCCUUUGUCAAAAUUGACCAACCCUUGACUUUUGCCCUGGUAAUAAAAUGGAAGAUAACAUAUACAAGCAUCUGAUAAGGUUUGGUCAUUUUUGUUGAAUACACAUAAUCAUAUAUAAUUAUCAUAUGAAUUUCUAUUUUUUAUUUUUGUUUUCGUUCACGUUUUUAUCUUUUUGCAAAUAUUUUUGGUAAUUUAGUUUUCUGUGUUGUAUUUGUUGUCUAUGAAACUGUAGCCGUGAAGAAGCACCUUUUGUGGAUUGGCUUCUUUUUAUUAAUUACUGUAAAAAAUACAUGUAGUUUCACAGUCGUCACUUGUUUAAUUA